AUGAUGAAGAAAGUGCAGCUAAACAACAACCAGGAGAUGGAUGUUUUAGGGUUAGGGACAUAUGAGAUGAAAGUAGAAAAUGUGGAUGGGGCAGUUAAAGCCGCAAUGAAAACUGGAUACCGAUUAUACGACACAGCUCAGGUUUAUAAGAACGAAGCCGAAGUAAGUGCAGCUAUUGCAGCCACAGGAAUCAGCCGAAAUGAGAUCUUUUUGACCACUAAAAUUGCCACCACCAACCAGGGCUAUGAUGCCGCCAAAGCCUCAGUCCUCGAUAGUUUGGCCAAAAUGAAGCAGGAGUACCUGGACCUAGUGCUAAUUCAUUGGCCCGGAGCCAAAGGAGUCGAUCUGCAAAGCCCCCAAAACAAAGAUCUACGUCACGGAUCUUUCCGGGCCUUAGUUGAGUUGCAGAAAGCCGGCAAAGUCAAGAACAUUGGCGUGAGCAACUUUAUGGCCUCGCAUUUGCGCGGCAUUUUAGAAACCUUUGAUGAGAAGCCACAAGUCAACCAAAUCGAAUUUUCACCUAUCUGCUACCCCGCCAAAGACAUUGCCUAUGCCCAGGAGAACAAAGUAGCCGUACAGGCCUAUUCUACUUUAGGCCGCGGCCAACUUCUCUCCUCAGAAUGGAUCAACCAGUACCCAAUCCUUCAACAGCUCCAGAAGAAAGGCAGCAUUGCCCAGUACCUCCUUAAAUGGGUCAUUGACAAAGACUGCCUAGUCAUUCCCAAGUCCAUCACUCCCCAGCGCAUUCAAGAGAACUUCGACGCUCUAUCAGUCACCUUAACCGAAGAGGAAACCCAGGCCCUGGACAACUUCCCAAUCAGCCACCGAACGUGCUGGGACCCCAACACCAUUCUCUAA